CAUCAACAGCGGCUCAAACUACGCGUCUGUCGGGGCGUCGAAGAACGUCCCCAGCAUCACCCGUCGUGGCAGCCGCUAUUUACAGCGAAGUAAACGAGGCAGACGGAGCAGCAGCAGACCCCACUAGGAUCGCAGGUAGCGCAGACCACGCUAGUGCAGCGGCUACAGCUUUACCCGAAGCCUGUACCAACGCCGACGACUCCGAUCAUAUGGUAGAAGCAGAUGUCGAGGAGGGACAGGGCAAUGCUACCAUGCCUUUAGAGCCUGCGCAAUCCACUGGAAGCCAAGUAAUAGAAAGCGAGAGAAGAGGAUUAGAAUUAAGACUUUCGAUAAUUCAUUUUCGUCCAUAGUUUAGUAUCUUCUUGUCGGCGUACCCGUACGCGUAUCGGCGUUUUUUGAAUGUAGUGCCAUACUGGAGGAGCAAAAAUUAUGUCGAAGACUCGUGAAAUGAGGCUUAGCCUGUCACCCUUGGACCAUAUUAUCUAUGACUCAGUAGACGGAGACCAGCGCUAAGGAUAGAAGAACAUGCGGAGCAGCAGCCGAGUGCAAGUGCGACAACAUCAACUUCAGCGGCGGGGACCUGCUCCGCUGCCGUUGAGAGCGCGGAAAAAGUAC